AUACCCUCAUCGUCCUUCUUCAAAACCCCAUCUUAGUCCCUUUUUCCUCUUUCCGCACUUUUUCUCAACGCAAAACCCCAAGCCUUUCUCUUUUGCUUCUCGAAGAUGGCUGCCGAGUCCAAGACCAAAUACGAUCGCCAGCUCAGGAUCUGGGGAGAACAAGGUCAAACAGCACUUGAGAAAGCAAGUAUAUGCCUGCUUAAUUGUGGUCCAACUGGAUCAGAAGCAUUGAAAAAUCUCGUUCUUGGAGGCAUCGGGAGCAUAACUGUUAUUGAUGGGUCUAAAGUUGAAAUGCACGAUCUUGGAAAUAAUUUUAUGUUGGAUGAAAAAAGUCUGGGACAAUCAAAAGCAAAAUGUGUAUGUGCUUUUCUCCAAGAGCUAAAUGAUGCUGUUAAGGCUAAGUUCGUUGAAGAGUCACCAGAAACCUUAAUAGAAUCAACACCUUCUUUCUUUUCACAGUUUACUUUAGUAAUUGCCACGCAGUUAUUGGAAAAUUCAUUAUUAAAGCUGGAUAAGAUCUGUAGGCAAGCAAAUGUUAUGCUGGUAGUUGCACGCUCAUAUGGUCUUACUGGGUUGGUUCGAAUAAGUUUAAAGGAGCAUACUGUUGUGGAGUCAAAACCUGACCAUUUUCUAGAUGACCUGCGCCUUCACUGUCCGUGGCCUGAGCUUAAAGAGUUUGCUAACAACAUUGACCUGAAUGUGAAAGACCCUGUUGUACACAAGCAUACACCAUACAUAGUCAUUCUUAUUAGGCUUGCAGAAAAAUGGGCCCAAGCACAUGGUGGCUGCUUACCAUCAACCAGGCAGGAGAAAAAGGAGUUCAAGGAUGAAAUAAAAGCUCACAUGCUUAACUUAGAUGAAGAAAACUAUAAAGAAGCCAUUGAAGCCUCAUUUAAAGUCUCAGCAGCUCGGGGAAUCAGUUCUCAGCUUCGUCAAGUAAUUAAUGAUAGUGCAGCUGAGGUUGAGUUGACAUCAUCAGAUUUUUGGGUUAUGGUUGCAGCUUUGAAGGAAUUUGUUGAAAAUGAAGGCGACGGAGAGCCACCUCUUGAGGGAUCAAUACCUGACAUGACAUCCUUAACUGAAUAUUAUGUCAGUCUUCAGAAGAUCUACCAAGCUAAGGCGGAGUCCGAUUGUCUUGCAGUAGAGCAACGUGUAAGGACUAUAUUGAAGAGAGUUGGUAGAGAUCAUUGUGCUAUUUCAAAGGCAACUAUUAGGAACUUCUGUAAAAAUGCUAGAAAGCUUACCGUGCGUAGGUACCGCUGCAUUGAGGAUGAGUUUAAGUCUCCAAUUCUUCCAGAACUACAGAAGUAUUUGGCUGAUGAAGAUUCCAGUGUUGCUGUUGGCUUCUAUAUUCUUCUUCGAGCUGUUGAUCGGUUUGCUGCUAAUUACAAUAGAUUUCCGGGAGCAUUUGAUGGUGAAAUAGAUGAAGAUGUAACAAGACUGAAGACCAUUGCAAUUGGCAUAUUAAGCGACUCGGGUUUCCAUGGGCCCACAUUGUCAGAGGAUUUAAUCAAUGAGAUGUGUAGAUUUGGAGCUGCAGAGGUCCAUGCUGUUGCUGCCUUUGUAGGGGGUGUUGCUUCUCAGGAAGUAAUUAAGCUCACCACGAAACAGUUUGUGCCUUUAGCCGGGACGUUCAUAUUCAACGGGAUAGAUCACAAGUCGCAAGUGUUGGCGCUGUAGUUGCUGAAAACUUGAGCUAUGGAGAUCAAGCUGAUAACUCACCAUUGUAGUUCCCCUUUUUGAUGGUAAAUUAAGAGAUUAAAUUAUAGAGCUGCAAUGUUUUUGAAGGCUUUCAGGCAUAUGGCACUAUUUGGAGGUAUUCUCCAUUAAUGAAUGAUGGAGAUUAUACGGAUGUGGGUUAUA